UUAUGUGAGACGAAGAUGAAUUUCAAUGGGAUCAAUAGCAGAUCCCUACUCCCUGGGCAAAGUGAUCCGCAAUCUGAAACUGAAAACAAUUGGGCUGGCCCAAAUUUCACAAAGAAAGAUGAGUUAAGCAAGGUGACAUGGCAAAUUCCUAGUGGAGCCGAAAACGUGGCAAGCGAAGUUGAAGAUUAUAAUUGCAAUAAUACCCCUAGCAUUGCAUUUCCCAUUCUGUUCGCGAUUCCGAUUGUUGUGAUCCGUACAACACAGCACAACACCAUGGCUGGCCCCAACCCCAUCCCCAAGUGGUUGUUUCUCUCUCUGACUCUGAUCCUCAGUCUCUCUGUCUCCGUCGGCGCCCGCCACUUCGUCCUCGUCCUCUCCCAGGAAGACUACAAGGACGACCCCCCCGCCGAUCCCGACUCCGCCGCCGAGUGGGACGAGUUCGGCGACGGAGACUCCCACAAAUCCGAGGACGACCUCGACCCCGGCUCAUGGCGCCCCAUCUUCGAGCCCCCCGCCGGAGAUCCCCAACCCCUCCCCGAAUCCGACGCCGCCUACCACUCCGCCGUCCACAAGCUCAUGUCCGGCGACCCCGACCUGAUCCAGGACGGCGCCGCCGAGAUCGGCGCCUUGGCCGAGACCGGGCACCCCGCGUCUCAAUCGGUGCUAGGGUUUUUGUGGGGAAUGGGGCUUUUGAGGGAGCGAAGCAAGGGGAAGGCCUUUCUGUACCACCACUUUGCCGCGGAGGGUGGCAACAUGCAAUCGAAGAUGGCAUUGGCAUACAGCUACACGAGGCAGGACAUGUUCGACAAAGGUGUAAAUCUGUAUGGCGAAUUAGCCGAAGUGGCCGUGAACAGCUUUCUGAUAUCGAAGGAGUCUCCUGUGAUUGAGGCGGUUAGGCUUCACAACGGGGCAGAGGAGAACAAGGAGGCUCUUAGAAAAUCCAAGGGUGAAGAGGACGAGGACUUUCAGAUACUUGAGUACCAGGCCCAGAAAGGGAAUGCUGCUGCCAUGUACAAAGUUGGUCUCUUUUACUACUUUGGCCUCAGGGGUUUGAGGCGUGACCAUUCCAAGGCCCUCUGGUGGUUCCUCAAGGCCGUGGACAAGGGAGAGCCUCGAUCCAUGGAGCUUCUUGGAGAGAUCUAUGCGAGAGGAGCAGGUGUGGAGAGAAACUACACCAAGGCCUUCGAGUGGCUCACCCUUGCUUCCAGGCACCACCUCUAUUCUGCCUACAAUGGGAUGGGGUAUUUGUACGUCAAAGGCUAUGGAGUUGACCAGAAGAACUACACCAAGGCCAAAGAGUAUUUUGAGAAGGCUGCUGAUAAUGACGAGGUUGGCGGCCACUAUAACCUUGGCGUCAUGUAUCUCAAGGGGAUUGGAGUCAAUAGGGAUGUUAAGCUCGCCUGUAAGUUCUUUGUUUUCGCCGCUAACCAUGGCCAACCAAAGGCCUUCUACCAGCUCGCUAAGAUUUUCCAUACUGGUCUUGGCUUCAAGAAGAAUAUUCCUUUGGCAACUGCACUUUACAAACUAGUUGCAGAGCGGGGUCCAUGGAGUUCUUUGUCUAGAUGGGCUCUAGAAUCAUACUUAAAAGGUGAUGUUGGCAAGGCAUUUAUGUUGUAUUCAAGAAUGGCUGAGAUGGGCUAUGAAGUGGCACAAAGUAACGCUGCUUGGAUUCUUGACAAAUAUGGGGAACGCAGCAUGUGCAUGGGUGAAUCUGGAUUUUGCACUGAUGCAGAAAGGCAUCAGCGGGCACAUUCUCUGUGGUGGCAAGCUUCUGAGCAGGGUAAUGAACAUGCUGCUUUACUCAUUGGAGAUGCAUAUUACUAUGGUCGGGGUACUGCCAGGGAUUAUGAGCGAGCUGCUGAGGCUUAUAUGCAUGCUAAAUCACAAUUGAACGCGCAAGCCAUGUUCAAUCUUGGAUACAUGCAUGAGCAUGGCCAAGGACUUCCAUAUGACCUUCAUCUGGCCAAGCGUUACUAUGAUGAAGCUCUAGAGCAUGAUUCUGCAGCCAAGUUGCCGGUCACGCUGGCUCUUUCAAGCCUGUGGGUUCGUAAGAACUAUGCUGACAGUUUCAUGGUACAGGUAAUUGAUUCAUUGCCUGAACUGUAUCCUAAAUUAGAAGCUUGGGUGGAGAAUGUGCUUUUGGAGGAGGGAAAUGCUACAAUUCUGACCCUCUUUGUAUGCCUCUUAACUGUGCUGUAUCUCCGUGAGAGGCAACGAAGGCAAGCUGCUGUUGCAGCUGGAGAGGUGGCUCAGCCAAAUCGCCCAAAUGAGCUUGGUGCACCCAUGUAGCUAUAGGCCAAAUUGUACCAUAGGGAAACUUAUAGCUAACAGUGGAAAUAAGUGCAUUUGUAGAUAUUCAUUUGUAAGGUAGGAACACGACUUUCACACCAGUUCAUUGAACCUCCAAAAUGAGAGCAAGUUGUAAGAUUUUGUCUUUUGUUCGAAAUUUAUGAAGAAAUUUCACUAACCAGCACA